AUGCCGUCCAUCGCUUAUCCCGUUCGAAUUCCAGCUGUGAUCCACGGGCCGGACCCGGGUCGGCCGUUCCGAGUGCUCGCGGCAGUUUUCCGACGUUUGGCUAGGCCGGUCCAGCCGGUGCUGCGGAUGGCUGGACUCGGCUUCCGACUCCGUCCCUUCCUGGCCGGCGUCCUCAGCACCUUGGCGAUUGUCUACUUGGCCGGCCUCAACUUUGAAGGCCCCUCGAUCAGUAACUUGGCCUACAGGAAGAAUGAAGAAAGUUUGCCGUUGAUUCAGAGCAAGGAUGGAAGGGUGAAUGUGUCAUCGCCUCUGAUAUUCAUUGGUGGGAUCCCGAGGAGUGGGACGACGUUGAUGAGGGCCAUGUUGGACGCACAUGAUGAGGUUCGAUGGUGAGUGAUUCCAGGCUAAAUUAAUAUAAUUUUUUGGUAAAAUCUUGUAGUUUUCAUAACAAUUUUUGACAAAAAUAAUGCGACAGGCCGCUUCUCCACCAAUGGAGACCAUUUGCAGCAUCUCUUGCGCAACUUUCCGUCUUAUCCUCGGGCGCAACUCGAAAAACGUAAAAAUUGCAAAAAACUGCACAUUUUGACAAUUUUUGAGUUAAAAUGCCCUCAAAAUCAGUCGAAUUUUAUCUCCCGGACCUCUUUACAUUAUUCUAGACCGCAAGAUCCCAAGGAUUCCCUUUAUUUCUAUCAAUUUUAUAUUAUCUAUCUCUCUUUUUUCAGUGGUGAAGAAACCCGGGUGAUCCCACGAAUCCUAGGCCUUCGCUCCGCAUGGAUCAAGAGCGAAAAGGAGUGGAAACGUCUUCAGGAAGCCGGAGUCAACGAUGAGGUCAUCAACUCGGCCAUCUCUUCGUUCAUAAUCCAGGUGAUAGCUGGGCAUGGACAACCGGCCAGAAGGUACUGUAAUAAGGACCCGUUCACACUCAAAUCCACGGAAUAUCUGUCUCAGAUCUUCCCCAACUCGAGGUAUAUCCUGAUGAUUCGGGAUGGAAGGGCAACGGUUCAUUCGAUCAUUUCUCGGAAGGUCACUAUUACUGGCUUUGAUCUGACAAAUUACCGACAAUGCCUGGAGCGAUGGAACGCCGGGAUCAGUGUGAUGUACGAGCAGUGUCAGAAUGUGAGUUUUGAUGCUUAUCGGGCUUUAUUUUUAGGCAGAUUUUGAAAUUUUUUAUAUUGUAGUAGGCAAUUUUGAGAGAAUUGAGGAAUUUCUGUUGUAAAAAUGUAAAAUACGAGUUGAAAAUCGAUUUUCAUGAUUUCAGGUUGGACCACAAAAAUGUUUGAUGGUAUGGUACGAGCAAUUAGUCUUGCAUCCAGAAGCGGAAAUGAAGAAAAUUCUCAAAUUUUUGGAUUUGCCAUGGGACGAUCGAGUGUUACAUCAUGAGAUGUUGGUGGGCAAGAAAAUAGCACUUUCUAAGUAAGUGUUACCUUUACUUUCUUUUCUUAGACCUUUUUUUCAAUUAUUUUCUCAUCACUUUUACCUACUACAAUAUAAUUUUUUUUUAAUUUUUCCAGGACCGAACGUUCCACCGAUCAGAUCGUGAAGCCAGUGAAUAUUGACGCUCUUACCAAGUGGGUUGGUGCUAUUCCGGACGAUGUAGUGGCAGAUAUGGCAGCGAUAGCACCAAUGCUCAGUGUCCUUGGCUAUGAUCCGUUGGCAAAUCCGCCGAAUUAUGGCCAACCAGACGACAUUGUGAUCAAAAAGACGAACGAUGUGCGGCAGAACGGGCAGGAAUGGUAUCAGAAGGCGGUGGCGGUGGUUAAUGAUCCGGAUCGGGUGGACAAACCGCACAAUUACCGACGGGAUGUGGAGAAUGCCCUGAGGGGAGAGCCGAAAAUCAAGGUCCCCAGGGCUCAGAGGAUGGUGGAUAAUGAUUAA